AGUGUGCUAGCAGCAAGCUUCGCGAUCGGUGAUAAGGGCCGAUAACCUCCCACAACUUGCCUGGUAUACCAUACCGUCUAUACCUAAGCUUCUAUACCUCGCUAUCUGGCCUUUAUGUGAUUUUUAACUCUUGGUGAUUCCUAGGCCCCGCAGAAUCUCUGAUAUUUGGGACUGUGGGAUUCUGCCUUCUUCUGCCGACUGGCUUGUGUUUUGGAACAUACCUACGUAUGGGAGCUACUAUGGCAGAUUCCGCUAUAAUCAGGUGCAAGCGGAGAAAACAAGCGAAUCCUCAAAGAAAAAAUGUUGACAUUGAUGGAAACCCCAAAGGCAUGACGCAAGCGAUCCUGGCAGAUGGUAAUGACCCCAUAUCUCCCAGCCCGGAGAAUGGUUACCAUAGCAACAGCUCCACCAUCGAGGACAGCGAUGGAGAUGACAAGGGAAGCUUCAUGGGCGACGAAGAGGACGACGACGAGGUCGAGAUGGACAAGAGUACGAGCGAUGGAGACAAGGAUGAUGGGGUGGAUGACUUAGAACCAGAUAAAGAGUUCCACCGGAAGAAUGGAAUGCAUCAUCUCCAUCCCCAUCCCCCUCCUCACCCUCAUCACCCUCAUCAGUUCAGGAAUGGAGAGAUGGGAGGAGACGGUGGUGUCAUCAACCUGGAGGAUUACAUGAACCGCAGCGACACUGCAAUCAUCUAUCCUGAACCUGUAGAAGACAUGGACGGAGUCAAUGGCGAUACAGAUGACCCUGAUACUCCUGAAGGAAAUGACAACGAAACUGAAAUCGAGGGCGAGCUUGGAAAACCUGAAGACUGUCCUUACUGUGAUCGCUCAUAUAAGCGGCUCACCUCCCUGAAAGAGCAUAUCAAAUACCGACACGAGAAGACAUUCAACAACUUUUCUUGCCCAGAAUGCAACUACUGCUUUGCCUACAAGUCCCAGCUCGAGCGUCAUAUGGCCACGCAUAUGCCAGGGCGCAACCAAAUCUGCGACAUCUGCAAUAAGGCCUUUGUGAACAUUUACAGACUGCAGCGUCACAUGUUGACGCACACAUCUGGGAAUCGCAAGUUUAAGUGCGGGGAGUGUGGAAAGGCUUUCAAGUACAAGCAUCAUCUCAAGGAGCACUUGCGUAUUCACAGCGGAGAGAAACCUUACGAAUGUCCAACUUGCCUAAAACGCUUCUCGCAUUCUGGAUCCUACAGCUCUCACAUAAGCAGCAAAAAGUGCUCACCUGUGAAGGAACAACCUCCAGCCCUCACCAGGAUCACCGGUGUUCCUCCAGUCAAAGUAAUCAAUAGCCUUCCCUCGCCAGUUUUGCAAUCUCCUCUUAGUGACAUAGACACUAGUGAAUCUCUACCUUUAACUGAGCCAAAGAAGAGUGCCCCAGCUUACAUGACUCCUCUUCACAUCAAGAUUCCCAAUGUUGACGGUUCCGUUCAGGGUCACCCGAGCAACGAAACACUGGAGAACGGAAGCACGUCUCCUUUAACAAGUCCUGCAAGUGAUGCUGUGAAGAAGGUUCUACAAAUUGUAGCAUCUACUGUGUGCAAGCAACAGAAGGACGGGCAGAAAACAGACAUCUCAAAACUAAAGAAAACAAAGACAACAAGUGACACAGCCCCAGUUGUCGCAAGUCCGUUUGAAAUCAGACCAUUCAAACUUGAAAAAAUGGCAGCUGUUACUCCCUUGCCAAAGGCAACACCACCACCACCACCAUCUGAAAAGACACCCGAAAAGACACCUGAAGAAUCAGAAAAGUCCAAAACAUUCUUAAAUGGAAAUGGUGUGCAUCAAGAGAAGAAAAGUUAUAACAUUGUGGACUACACUCUAAAGAAAGUGCAUGAAGCUCAAGCUAUUAAUCGCUGUUUGGAAACACGUUUUCCUUCUCAGAUUAACCUAAAUCCAGACAGAACAGGAUGCAAGUAUUGUGGACGAGAGUUCCAUAGUCCCAUCGAUCUUCAUCAGCACGAGCGUUAUCUCUGCGACCUCAAUGAGGAUGUGCUCAAGAUGAAGCUCUUUAAUGGCAAUCCACAGCCCCAGCAAAGCAUUGGAAAUUUCACAUUAGAUCGAUAUUACGAGAUGCAGCAAGAGUUCUUAGCCCAACACAAAAACGAGAGUGAUAACCAUGACAUAGAUGACAAGAGUGAUGAGGAGGAUGAAAAUCCAAAGCAGAUGUUGACGUCACCAAGAGAGAGUGAACAGCACCUGUCUCCAAAAGCCAGCCCCAAUUCAGGAAGUCAGCUACCCCCUAACAAUGCUGAAAGCCCUGAACCAGAGGCUAACAAGACAACUGAUAUAUCUAAGUUACUUGAGACCAUUUCCAAGGCCCAAGAACAGGCCCUGCGUGCAUUCUAUGCCAUGCAAGCUAAGCCCUCGGAGGACGGCAUUGAAAAAAUUUCAGUAGCACUCAAUUUGCCUAUGCAGCUAGUCAACAAGUGGUUCCAGCGCACACGUAAGCUCGAGGAGGAGGGGACGGAUCCAUCGCUUAAGAGCUUGAGCUUAAUGAGGCAAUCCCCAGUUGUGACAGUUGUUCCACCCACACGACGACGCAUCAAAGAACACACAGGAGCUCAAGCUAUCGAUAGCAAGGAGACUUGUGUCAAAUCCCCGGCGGAGAACUGCGAUUUGGAAACGGCUUCAGUCAGCAGCAGCAGCGCUGAGAGAGUGGGUGAUGCCGAUAGCCUCCCUCCUUCCCCAUGCAGCAGUAUUAAUUCCCUACCUAAAAGUUCCAUCAGAUACACCUUUCACAAAGAAAAAAGCAUGGAUGUCAGCCCAGCAGGUCGUGAGACUGAAUCCAGAGUACGUGAGCGAUUAGAGCCCAUGGAUAGAGAUAGUCGAUCCCCUGCGAGAUCUCUGACACCAGCCAAGGAAACAAGAGACUCUUCUCCUCUCGAUCUUUCUCUGCCAAAGAGGAAAGCAACACCUCCACCUUCUUUGAGCAGGUCUUCCAUCCCACCCAAACUGGUUUACGGCUACAACUACUCUGCACUCUAUUCUGCCGCUGCAGCCGCUGCUGCCAAUGGAUACCUUCUUCCUCCUGCAUAUGCGCCAUCUGAGCCACUCCCUUCCAGCCUCUAUGAGAACAGCAUCAAAGCCCACAAGAGCAGGACUAGCCCAAGCCCUGGCAAGACGACCACACCCUCCUCCACAGCUACUACCAACACCUCAUCAGCAUCAGAUGCGAGCAUCCUCCUCAAACGUUCCUACCCCGAGCCCCUCUAUGCUUACCUCCCCACCAUGGGUGGCUAUGCUGCCAAGAGGAUGAGGUUUGCUGAUGGAGUAGAUUACCCUGUGGCUCCUCCACCGAUGUAUGGCUCUCAUCUUCAGGUACCAGAUGUCUACAGUGCCCUGGCUAAGACUGGUUUCAUGCCCAGUACCAUGGCUCAUCUGGGCGCUGCGUAUGGACCAACCAAUCCUUUCUUGCCUGCAAUGCUCAACGGGGGUGGUCUCCAUCCAAACCAUGCAGGAGCUGACAAUUUAUCUGACAUUGCAUCGGAAGACUCGCUGAGCGACAUCGGCAUCGGACCUGGAAGACGGAGGAGAUCGGACAAGCCAUCCAGGACCUCCUCAGGACAGUACGCAUGUUCGCAGUGCCCCAAGACCUUCCAGAAACACAGUUCAUUGCUUCGACAUGUCUACGAGCACUCAGGCAAGCGCCCUCACCAGUGCAAGGAAUGUGGCAAAGCUUUCAAGCACAAGCAUCACCUGAUGGAGCACUCUCGCCUCCACUCCGGAGAGAAACCCUACCAGUGUGACCGAUGCCUCAAGAAGUUCUCACACUCAGGCUCUUACAGUCAGCAUAUGAAUCAUCGCUACAGCUACUGCAGGCGUGACGCCAUGGGCGCCGCCGGUGGACCUCACCUGGAUGGUGCGGAGAAAGAGAUGCUGGGCGAUAGCAAGGAAUCGAUGAUGAUGGAUCAUCACCACCAGGGUGGCGGAGACGAGAUGGAGAUUGGAUUGGAGAGUACAGGUGCUAUGAUUAGGAGGAUGGAAGAGAAGCAGAUCGCUGGGGUCUAAGAUGAAACUCGAAAGGCAACGAAGAAGAUGAUUGAUGAUUGAUAAUGAUCCGGAGAGAUCCAAGUAUUCUUUCAAUUUAAAAGGAUUCAGGGGUGUCAUUCUAAUAGUUUGUGGAAUGUUUGAACUUGAAGGUACUUCAGAUUGUAUGUUAUUGAUUUAUAUUCAUUAACAUUUGUGUUAUGGUGAAGUUGUCUGAAAACCUCAUCGGAACUUGAUGGAGUUGUGAUAGUUAUGCUUGUUUGCACCUGUUCCCAAAUUGACAUAUUGGCGAGAAAAAAAACACACAAAAUUCUGGCUAUAUGCCUCAUUUCCCUUCAGGUAAAAAGCUGAUGAAACGUUUUAAGACCUACCAUGUGAUGAUGUGAUUGGAGGGGUAUUAUUGUAAAAGUUGAAAUAUUUAAAGAAGAGUUAAAUGCAAUAUGUGUAUUUUCACUGAGACAGCCAAGGUGUCUAGUAAACUUGUGUGUUUUCAUUAUUUUGUCUUCGAAAAAAUAAAUAGAAUAAUUACAGUAUCUAUUUUGAAAGACGAUAAAACAUAUUUUUUGAUAAAUGAAGAGAAGGAAUAAGAAGUCAAACUUCUUGUGGAAAAGCAUGUAAUUUGAAUAAAUCUUUAACAAUUGAAGUAUUUGAACAAAACUUUAGGGAUAUAUUUAUAGAUGAAAGGAUAAGGAAAAUAAAAGAAUAAUACGAGCUUGAUUGUGAAGAGGGGGCAAGAUGGAGUACAUAUGUGAAGUAUAUAUAUAUGUUGACAAUUUAUGUACUACUCUUGCUUUGCUUCUACGUGAUGUAUAUAUGAUCAGUACAAUGAUAGAUAGAUAGAGACUUGGAUAUUUUUGCAAUUUGAGCAGUUAUUUAAAUAAUGAGAAACGACUCGGUGAUUCACAAAUCCACCUUUCACAUCUUCUUCCACACUUUCACCAAUAUCUGAAUUAUACAAACGAAUCACCGAACUUUAAUGGUCGUACUUGAUGAGUACUGUAGUGUGUUUCUUUGAGAGGUUGCUAUGAAAGUACAUGGCAUAGAAGUUUUUUUUUUUUAAUGUCUACCAGUAUUUUUUUUGUACUGAAAAUAAGUUUGUCAGAUAAUCAAGGUGUAGGGUCCUAUACCUACACCAUCAUUGUGCAAUCUUCGAAAUCUGACAGAUAAAUUGCUGUGGGCCCUAGCUGUUUUACCUACGCAAAAUAUAUUCUCUUGGAUGGGAAUGGAUAUUACAUGGACAACUGAAACGCAUAUUUCGAUAUUUUUUGUCUUCACAGUUUGAGUUGAAUGAUCAUGUCUUCUUAAAAAUGCCAUUAAAGAAUUUUUCUCUUAAAUUCUAAUUUCAAUUUUAUUUUAUGAUCCCUCUAAGAAACAUAAAUUGUUGUCUAGUUCACUUUUAUCUGUCUUUUUUUUUCUCUUUCUCUCGCUCUCUCUCUCUCUCACUUUCUCUCUUUCUCCCCACCAAUCUCCUCAUCAUCAGUAUUUGUUAAGGAUUAACAAUUUAGAAAUACAUUUGUUUUGGUACCUUCCAUGGAACACUUGGCUAGGGUGAUCCCCCCCCCCCCCAGUCACAUCUUUGUGACACAUAGGACCUUGUGAGAUUAUUGUUAAUUCGUAGUUCAUGUUACUUUCAGUGUUUUGUCUUGUGUUGUUUUUGUUUCACUGUAAGAAUAGUUCAGUAUUUGGGUAUAUAGGUUGUAGAUUUUGUUUCUAUUUUCACAGGGGAAGAAUCUUAAACAAAAUACUUCAUAUCUUCCAUGCAUGACUAUUUCUUAUUUUUUGAAUUAUUUUCUGUGGUCCUUUUUCUGUAAAUUCGUAUUUCAAAGUUGCCACUGGGUAUAUUGGGUAAUGAUGUACAUGAAGUUGUGUAUAAACUUAUUUAUUCUUGUUGAUGUGUAACUAUUUAUUCAAAAAACAUGUAAGAUAUUUGUUCAAGAAACAAAAAAGAGUGGGCCUCUGAUUUUCUUUUUUCUAUAGGUGGUCCAGCCUAUUUAUGUAUUGUAGCAAUGUUGCUAUUUUGAAACAAAAUAAAGUCACGAAAAUGUACCUUUA